AUGUCUAAGCCAAAGGUGCUCCUUCUGGGUCCGAUUGAGCAUGCUCACAUGGAGUGGUCCGACCUCGCCUCAAUCGCCGAUGUUAUCGAGCCUACCUCUACCAACAGGGCAGACUUCAUCAAGGAAGCCCAGGGCGGUGCAUUUGACGGCGUCGUCGCUGCAUACAGAACCUUCCUAUCGGUCUCCGUAACUGGACUCAUAGACGAGGAGCUCGUCAGCUCGCUGCCCAAGAGCUUGAAGUUCCUCUCCCACAAUGGAGCUGGAUACGACCAGAUCGAUGUAAACGCCUGCACCAAGCACGACAUCCGCGUCUCCAACACCCCCUCAGCCGUCGACGAUGCCACCGCCGACGCAAACAUGUUCCUGAUCCUCGGCGCCCUGCGCAACUUCAACUCCAGCAUGGUCGCCCUGCGCGCCGGCGACUGGAAGGGUAACCCCAACCCACCCCUCGGUCACGACCCCCAGGGCAAGGUCCUCGGUAUCCUUGGUAUGGGCGGCAUCGGACGUAACCUCAAGAUCAAGGCUGAGGUGUUUGGAAUGAGCGUGCAAUACUACAACCGCACGCAGUUGAGCGAGGAGCUGUCGGGGGGGGCGAAGUAUGUUAGCUUCGAUGAGCUGUUAGCGACGAGUGAUGUGCUGAGCUUAAACUUGCCUCUAAACAAAAACACACGCCACAUCAUCUCGACGCCGGAAUUCGAGAAGAUGAAGGAUGGAGUCGUUAUCGUUAACACGGCACGCGGUGCGGUUAUUGAUGAGGCAGCGCUGGUUGAGGCAUUGAACUCUGGUAAGGUGGGGUCGGCAGGCUUGGAUGUGUACGAGGAGGAGCCAAAGAUCCACCCGGGGCUUGUGGCUUGCGAGCGUGCGAUGCUGCUGCCGCAUAUGGGGACAUGGACAGUGGAGACACAGACGAAGAUGGAGGUGUGGGCGAUUGAGAACGUGAAGAUGGCUGUUCAGUCAGGAACACUGAAGAGCCCGGUGUGGGAGCAGAAGGGUAUGUGA